AUGGUGGCAAUACAUGGUAUUUCUGAAGAGAUAUCAACAUCAUUUUCUGAUAAUAGCUUUUAAGAGGCAGAUGGUAUUAAUAAUUGAAUAGAUAAUAGAUUGGGUAGUAAUAGGUGGAUAGGCAUAGUUUACAGAAUGCAUGGGGACAAGAUUAUUUGGAGGAUAUAAUGCGUAUGGGAGAAAUAUCGCAAUAACGAAAAUAUUUUCUCUUCCACCUCAUUCUUAAAUAAAUUUACAAGUAUAAUUUUGGAAGUAAAAGUAUAUGAUAAUAAUAGAAUUGAUGAAUGGGAUGGAGAAACUGCUUAUCUUUUCGUUGACUUUAAAGUAGCGUGGACUAAGAGUUACACAGCUAGUGAUGGAGUUUAAUAAUGUGGAUAAGGGGGAAGUUUUAAUGAAGUAACAGAGAAUUUAAACUUAAAUAUUUAACAUAGUGGACCUACAGUAGUAGUUGUAUUCACAACUAAUUUAGAUUAAGAAGCAAGCAAUGUAAAAUAUAUUAAUAUAUAUUUAUAAGGAAUCUUGGGGUUUUAGAGAUUUCAUAAUAUCAGUUUAGAAAUGCCCAGAAGGAUGUUUGAUUUGUUAAGUUAAUGAUACAAUAUUAAAAUGUUAUGUUUGGAAAUUAAUUUCUACAAGUUGGAUAUCAUUGGAUAUGAAUGGAAUAUAGAUUGAUGGUUGGAAUGUAAUUUCUGGGGUUUCAGAAGCAACUAUGUGUGGAGGUUAAUUAUAUAAAUAAUAUAUUUUAGCUGCUCCAUUAUUUGGAGGAUUUAAUAAAACUGGAACUGGAACUAUCAUUAGUAAAACAUUUUAUGAUAUUCCACCACAUUACAAAUUAACAUUCUAAGUAUUAUUCACUAAGAUGGAUUCAUGGGAUAAUGAAAUAGGUAAAAUUUUAAUUGAUGAUAAUAUUAUUUGGCAAAGAAAUUUUUGGGCUUUUGAAGGUUAUGCAGUUAAGAUUUGUGGUGAUUCUAAUCCUAUAUAUAAAACUAUGUUUGGUAGAAUUGAAUAUGAAGUAUAACACAAUAGCAAUUAAGCAUAAAUAAAAUUUUUAAAUACACUUGAUGAACCUAUAUUUGCAGAGUCGUUUGGAUUAAGAGACUUUGCUUUAUAUUAUGGUUCAUGUACUGAUAAUUGUGCUCUAUGUACAGGACCAAGUGGAUCUGAAUGUUUAAGUAAAUAUUUAUAUUUAAUUAUUAGCGUGUUCAAAAGGAUCCUACAAUACUGGGGUUAGUGAUAAAAUUUGUUAAUGUAUUUGUUAUUUCUUUAAAAUCAUUAGUAUGUUAUCGAUCAUGUUAUUAAUGCAAUGGCCCUACUAAUGAAGAUUGUACUGAUUGCGGAGAUAUCUAAAUAUAUUUUAAAUAACUUAUUGCUGGAUAAUGUAUAUGUACUAUUUAAACAAUUGAAUAUAAAUAAGAUGAUGGAACAACACUUUGUUUACGUAAUUUAAUAUCAUUUAUUAUUUAUUUAUAGCUUGUCAUCCUAGAUGUUGGAAAUGUUAUUAACCAUUAGAUAAUUCAGAUAAUCAAUAUUGCACGAUGUGCAUAGCAGGAUAAAAUAGAAUAGUUUCUGAUGAUCUUAAAUGUGUUUGUAGAACUGGUUAUGGAAAUGAUGGCAUUUCUGAGGAUUGUUUCAGUAAAUAUCAUCUUCUAAGUCAUCUAUUAUAGAAUGUCAUUAUACAUGUCAAGAUUGUAAAGGACCAUUAGCCACAGAUUGCACUUCUUGUUAAUCCUCUUCUAAUCGUUAUUUGAGUCUAGAUAAUUAGUGCUUAUGUAGUAAAUCAUAUAUUGACACAGGUAUUGAUGAUGCAAUUUGUUUAUGUAAUCAUAUUAUCUAUAAUCUAGAUAUUUGCGAUUUUACAUGUUCUGGUUGUGAUAUCCCAGGAGAGGAUAAAUGCACAAGUUGUCCAUCUACAAGAUAGCCUGAUAGAUAAGAAACUACUUUUAAAUGCUUAUGCAAAGAUCCACAUUAUUUUAGUGAUAAUUAAUAAUUAGAAUGCUUAGAAUGCCAUUCAACUUGUUUAACUUGUAAUGGCACCUAUGAAAAUAACUGUUUAACUUGUGAUCUUACUUAUCGAUAAUUAGUAAUGUUUAAAUGCAUUUGUCCUUUUGGAUAUUACGAUGUUGGUAAUAUACUUUGUUCUCGUAAAAACAUUAAUUAUUAAAUUAAUAGCAUGUUAUUAUACUUGUAUGACUUGCUUUGGUCCAGAAGAAGAUUAAUGUAUUACAUGUGCUAUUAGUAACAACAGAGAAAUUAAAGCUAAUAAAUGUGCUUGUCUUGAUAAAUAUAUGGAAAAAGAAGUUGGUGAUAUUAUGUGCUAUAGUAAUAAAUCUUAUGUUAUUUAAUAGAGUGUUCAUAUCGAUGUGCAGAAUGCAGUGGUACAAUAGAUAAUUGUAUAUCAUGUCCUGCUUUUUCUUUCAGAGAUCUUGGAAUUGACAAAACUUGUUCUUGUCCACCAAAAUCAUUUGAUCAAAUUGACAAUCCAAUUUGCAUAUGUUUUUAAUAAAUUCAUAAUAGUUUGUCAUAAUACUUGUUUAACAUGUAAUGGAAAAGAAUCAAAUUAAUGUGUUUCCUGUAAUGCUUUGAGUAUGAGAUAAUUAGACUCUUAAGGCUCAUGCUUAUGUAUGAGUAAAUACUUUGAUGUUGGAUUAUCUGAAUGUUAAGGUAUUCAUAAACGUAAUUUUUAAGCAUGCAGUCCCCUUUGUUUGAAUUGUGUAAAUUCUGCUGAAAAUUGUAUUUCUUGUAAAUCAGAUAGAUACUUACAAGAAAAUACAUGCGUAUGUUAAUCAAAAUUAUAUGGAGCAACUAUUAGUAGUUAUUAAGUUUAAGGUAAAACUAAAAUUGAAUGUCAAAGUAAUCUAUAAUUAUCUAUCUAAUUUAGAUUGUCAUUACUCUUGUUUAAAUUGUAAUGGAAUUACAUCUAUAAAAUGUACAUCUUGUUUAGAUAGUGAAAUGAGAACAUUUUAGAACAAUAGUUGUAAUUGUAUUCCUCAUUAUUUUGAUAAUGGAAAUCCAAAUUGUUAAUGUAAAAUUUAAUAAUUAAUCGAAGAAUGCAAUUAUCGAUGUAAUACAUGCUAAGGAUUAGGAACUAUUUGUUUGAGUUGUAAUGCAAAUAGUUUUAGAAAACUAAUAAAUUAAUAAUGUUUAUGUGAAGUAGGUUAUUUUGAUGAUGGAUCAAAUCAUAUUUGUUAAAGUAUAUUACAUUUAUGAAAUUAGAAUGUCACUAUUCAUGUUCUUAAUGUAGUAUUCUAUCUACAAGCUGUGAAGCAUGUUCAUAAAUAUCAAAUAGAUAAUUUAAUUCAAUUUUAUCUACAUGUGCUUGCUCUAAUUCUUAUUAUGAUUCUGGAAUUGAAGUUUGUUAAAAAUGCCAUUAUUCCUGUUUAACUUGUUUUGCUUUUGGUGCUUAAUUUUGUAAUUCUUGUUAGGAAAUGACGACUUCUUUAAGAGUAUUAAAUGCAGGAGUUUGCUAAUGUUUAAAUGGAUAUUAUGAUGAUGGAGUAAAUAAUAAUUGUAAAAAAUGUUUAAUUUAAUGUUUGACAUGUUAAAAUACUGCAGAUUAUUGCACAUCUUGUACAACAACUACUAGACAUUUAGAUGGAAAUAC